AUGUGCUCGUUUUGUCGACUUACAGUUCGUUAUUUCUGCACGUUUGACUUGUCCAUUGUGGGAAUGCACGAUAGAUGCAGUGUUUUGCAUGCUCUAAUUUGCACGUUUUAUCACCAGGAGUCAAUGGAGACAAUAAAAAUGGACGCGUCGGGAGAUUUGUUUCUUUACGAUGCAUCGAGCUCGCGCUCUGCUUUCAACAGGAGGCAGUCCGUCUGUGUGAAGGCUCUGUCGCCUGGAAGGAAAAGGCUCCAUGUUCAGUGCAGUUGUGCUGCUGCUUGGCUGUCUGCUGCAGAGGAAACUAGUGACCACAGAGGGGCAUCGUGGGACCAACCGCCAUGUCUUUUAUGCAGUGCAAAUGGACGGAGGCAUCAGAGCCGCCAGAGCUCUGGCCAAGCAGCACGGACUGGAGUUCAUACAACAGGUUGGCAGCCUGGAGGCUCUGUACACCCUUAGAGACAGCAGGGGGCGCCCUGACAGAGCCACCUUGGAGAACAGACUUUUGACCGCAGUAGGGGUUCAAUGGGUGCAGAGGCAGCUCAGUUACUAUAGGGACAAACGGUUUCCUGUGACAGGACUGGACCACAGUACCACUCACAGUUCCCAGAGGAGAGAGUUUGCAACUGACAGGCAGCCUGAGGAGAAUAAGAGUGACCAGUGCCUCACCUUCAAUGACCCGCUCUGGCCCAUGCAGUGGGAACUGUUUGCACAGGGCGAGUACAACUCCAGUGGGUUUGACCUGAAUGUGAUGCCAGUUUGGAGCAACAACAUCACCGGUAAUGGAGUCGUAGUCAGCAUCAUUGAUGAUGGUGUCGAUCACACAAACAAGGACCUGAAGAAAAACUUUGAGGCCCUCGCCAGUUUUGACCUGCGUGCUUCACACGGUCUGUCUCAUGAUCCCAUGCCUAUCAGAGAUGAAGAGAACAGUCACGGUACCCGAUGUGCAGGGGAAGUUGCCAUGGAGGCCAACAACUCCUACUGCGGUGUAGGCAUCGCCUUCAAUUCCAGGAUCGGAGGUAUCCGCUUGUUGGACGGCUCUGUCACUGAUGCCAUGGAGGCCACAGCUCUGACCUUCAACAUCCACUUCAUCGACAUCUACGUCUGCAGUUGGGGCCCGCGGGACAAUGGGGCCGAGAUGGACGGGCCGCACAGCCUGACAGCACGAGCCCUUCGGCUAGGAACUCGCAAGGGUCGAGGUGGGAAGGGCAGCAUUUAUGUGUGGGCGGCAGGUAAUGGUGGAAUGCAGCAUGACCACUGUGGUGCAGACGGCUAUGUUAACUCCAUCUACAACAUCGCCAUCGGUGCUGUCUCUCAAACGGGGAAGCCCGCCUCCUUCGGUGAGCCCUGCCCCGGUGUGAUGGCCGUCACUCUGACAGGGGUUGGCGUGGGAGGCUCACUACCUCUGGUCACUGUGACCAACGUCGGUGGUGGCUGUGUCACAGACUUUCCAGGAACAUCCAGUGCUGCUCCGAUCGCUGCAGGGAUUCUGGCUCUUGCGUUAGAAGUAAAUCCUGAGCUGACGUGGAGGGAUGUUCAGCAUCUGAUCGCCAAGACAGCAAAGAUCCCUGACUCCAAAGAGCCUGGCUGGAACAUCAACGCAGCAGGAUACCAUGUUCACCAUAGGUACGGUUUUGGAUUGUUGGAUGCAGGGCUGAUGGUGCAGCAGGCCGCACAAUUCAUCACUGUUGCUCCGCAGAGGAAGUGCAUGCAGGAAGUCACACUCCAACCAACCAGGAUCCUUUCUCCAGGAGGAGACGUCAGAGUGAACAUCCAGUCAGAUGCUUGCCAGGGGACGACCAAUGAUAUUAACACUCUGGAGCACGUUCAGGUGAGAGUGAGCAUCAGCAGCGUGUGCCGCGGUGACCUCUCAAUAAGCCUGGAGUCUCCAGCCGGCACUGUGUCACUGCUGUUGGACAGACGGCCCAAUGACGCCUCCACUGCUGGCCUGAAAAACUGGACCCUGAUGACGGUGCACUGCUGGGGCGAGCAGCCUCGAGGCCUCUGGACCCUCCAGGUGACUGACCACAAAGGCACAGUGAGGAGAUGUACGAGGCCCAGUGACGAGGAGGCAUCCGGAGCCUUGCUCAAUGUUACACUCAUCCUCUACGGCACCUACCACCCACUCAGGACCAUGCACGAAGGACCCCUGCCGAGCAUUGUGAGCAUGGGGUCGCAUCACCCCGUCCCACCCGGGGGGGGCCAGAGGGACCGUUACCAACCUCUGAUUCAAUGGGUCUACCAAAUGGAGAGAGACAGGAAGGUGCGGGCUGCUGACAUCACUGUCCCAGCCAGACACGAGAUGUUGAAGAUUCUUGGAGACUUAGUGUCGGAUAAGCUGACCCUCAACAAGCCCCUCAUCUCCUCCAGUAGGGCUUUCAAGUUACAUCAGUCGGAUGUUGUACAGAAGUCCUCCUCGGGGUCCAGACCUGCUGUGAAGGAGCUUCAUGAGACAAAGAGGGAUGAUGUGGGCAGAGAGAACAGGUCCUUACCAUCACAUAUCCAGGAUGUGGUCAACAGUCAGAGUCUUCAGAUCAAGGAGGAGGAGAAACUGAGCAGAGGGAAGGCCCAGGGCCGGCAGCGUGCAGGGAACUGA